GAGUGAGACGAAGAGGAACGAGAGGAGAAAGAGUAAGAGCAGGACGUUAGGGCAUGUACCCAGACCGCUUUCGCCAGUGCGCAGCGUACAGAGAAGGGUUAAAAGCGAAACGAAUUCAACUGUUCAAAAUCUGCGUUUAAACAGUCGAUCCUCUCAGUGA